GAUUCGGCGUGGCGGCUGCAGCCGGUGGCCUGGGCCGCCCGUCCUGGCUGGUUCCGGAGCCUCGCGCCGUGCUGUGCGCCGGCUGUCCGGGAGAUGGCUUCUCCCUUCUCGCCGGCUGCUCGUGCUAUUGUCUCACCCGGGGCUGUCUAACCGCGAGCUCGCCCAAGCUCCGCCCGGAGCGCAUCGGCCCCAGACAGGCUCCUGCACCGGGGGACCCCGCAGCCCGUGCACGGCUGGACGGGCGCUGAGCGGCCCGGAGCCGCAGGAAGAGCCGAGGCGGUGCGGAGCCCAGGUCGGCUGGACAGACAGUCGCAGGUACGCAGACAAUAUGCACCAGCCCACCAGGCCUGACCCUGGAAGGAAGUAGUAGGCAUCUUUGUCUCCUGUGCCCCCCACCCUCACCAUGUCCUCAACUCAGGGCAAUGGAGAGCACUGGAAGUCCCUGGAGUCGGUGGGUAUCAGCCGCAAAGAAUUGGCCAUGGCUGAAGCCCUGCAGAUGGAAUAUGAUGCUCUGUCUCGGCUCCGACACCACAAGGAGGAGAGCAGGGCCAAGCAGAACACAGAACCCUCUCUUAUCAGCUGGGACGAGCCAGCCUUGGACUUCUAUAGCAAACCAGCAGGUAGGCAGACUGAUCUCAAGCUUUUGCGUGGUCUCUCUGGCUCUGAUCCCACCCUCAAUUACAACUCCAUUUCUCUACCAGAAGAGCUUCCUGACUCUACCUCCCAGGAUUCCCAGCCUGGCCCAGAUCCUUGGUCCAAGGGCUCCUUGUCUGGAGACUAUCUCUAUAUUUUUGAUGGCUCAGAUGGGAGGCUUUCUUUGUCCUCAGGACCAGGGGACCUAGAUGGGUCUUGCAAGAAACUGUCCCCACCUCCUCUCCCUCCCCGGGUCUCUAUCUGGGAUGCCCCUCCCUUGCCUCCCAGAAAAGCAUCACCCUCACCCUCCAAGAUCUCUCAGCCUAAUGCCAUCAACAAUUUUUCUUUGGUGGAACAACCGUCAGACAAACUGCUGGAACAGGGACAUCAAGUUCCAGAAGAGGGCGAGUUGCCAGGUGGUGGGGGACAGCGUCGCUUGCUGGGGUCUGUGGACUAUGAUGGCAUCAAUGAUGCAAUUACAAGGCUCAAUUUGAAGUCAACUUACGAUGCAGAGAUACUGUGGGAUGCUACCAGGGGCUGGAAGGAGGGCCGGGGGCCCAUGGACUUCAGCAAGGAUACCUCUGGAAAACCUGUGGCCCGGAGCAAGACCAUGCCCCCUCAGGUGCCACCCCGAACUUAUGCUUCCCGAAUCACUAACCGAAAGAAUGCAACACCUGGCAAGAACCGCCGGAUUUCUGCUGCUCCGGUGCGCUCCCGGCCCCACAUCACCAAUGGCCACGAAUUAUUUGAGGUCUCAGAGGAAAGAGAUGAGGAAGUUGCUGCAUUUUGUCACAUGUUGGAUAUCCUGCGAACGGGCUCUGAUAUCCAAGACUAUUCCCUUACUGGUUUUGUCUGGAGCACUGUUACCCCGAGCCCAGAGCAUCUUGGGGAUGAGGUCAAUCUGAAAGUGACUGUGUUGUGUGACAGCCUUCGGGAGCCACUCACUUUUACCUGCAACUGUUCCUCCACUGUGGAUUUACUUAUCUACCAGACCCUGUGCUACACUCACGAUGAACUGAGGGAAGUGGAUGUGGGUGACUUUGUGCUUAAGCCCUGUGGACUGGAAGAAUUCCUGCAAAAUAAGCAUGCCUUGGGCAGCCAUGAGUAUAUCCAGUACUGCCGCAAGUUUGACAUCAACAUCCGACUGCAGCUAAUGGAACAGAAGGCCAUACGCAGUGACCUGGCCCGGACGGUGAAUGAUAAUCAGAGCCCUUCCACGUUGAACUACCUCAUCCAUCUACAGGAGAGGCCAGUCAAGCAGACUAUCAGCAGGCAGGCCUUGAGUCUUCUUUUUGAUACUUACCACAACGAGGUGGAUGCUUUCCUGCUGGCAGAUGGGGACUUCCCGCUGAAGGCCGACAGGGUGGUCCAGUCUGUCAAGGCCAUCUGCAAUGCCCUGGCUGCUGUGGAGACCCCCGAGAUCACCAGCGCUCUCAACCAGCUGCCCCCCUGCCCUUCACGCAUGCAACCCAAAAUCCAAAAGGAUCCCAGUGUGUUGGCUGUGCGGGAAAACCGAGAGAAGGUGGUAGAAGCCUUGACAGCAGCCAUCUUGGACUUGGUUGAGCUGUACUGCAGCACAUUCAAUGCGGACUUUCAGACUGCAGUGCCUGGGAGCCACAAGCAUGAUUUGGUUCAGGAGGCCUGCCAUUUCUCCGGGGCACUAGCCUUCACUGUGUAUGCUACCCACCGUAUCCCCAUCACCUGGGCUACCAGCUAUGAAGAUUUCUACCUCUCCUGCUCCCUCAGCCAUGGUGGCAAGGAACUGUGCAGCCCCCUGCAGACUCGACGGGCUCACUUCUCCAAGUACCUGUUCCACCUCAUCAUCUGGGACCAGCAGAUCUGCUUCCCAAUACAGGUAAAAAGGCUGCCUCGGGAGACCCUAUUGUGUGCCACACUCUAUGCCUUGCCCAUUCCCCCGCCUGGGAGUUCUUCCGAAGCCAAUAAGCAGCGACGAGUGCCCGAAGCCCUGGGCUGGGUCACUACUCCACUCUUCAACUUCAGGCAAGUCUUGACCUGUGGCCGGAAGCUUCUGGGCUUGUGGCCAGCAACACAGGAAAACCCCAGUGCCCGUUGGAGUGCACCUAAUUUCCACCAGCCAGACAGUGUCAUCCUGCAGAUUGACUUCCCCACCUCCGCCUUUGACAUCAAGUUCACCAGCCCUCCUGGAGACAAGUUCAGCCCCCGCUAUGAGUUUGGCAGCCUCCGGGAGGAAGACCAACGCAAACUUAAAGAUAUCACGGAGAAGGAGUCCCUAUACUGGCUCACUGAUGCUGACAAGAAGCGCCUGUGGGAGAAGCGAUAUUACUGCCACUCGGAGGUGAGCUCACUCCCCCUGGUGCUUGCCAGCGCACCCAGCUGGGAGUGGGCUUGCCUACCCGACAUCUAUGCUCUGCUGAAGCAGUGGACCCACAUGAACCACCAGGAUGCCCUGGGGCUCCUGCAUGCCACCUUCCCAGACCAGGAGGUCCGCCGGAUGGCUGUCCAGUGGAUCGGCUCACUCUCGGAUGCUGAGCUGCUUGACUACCUGCCCCAGCUCGUGCAGGCCCUCAAGUAUGAGUGCUACCUGGAUAGUCCAUUGGUGCGCUUUCUCCUGAAACGAGCCAUCUCUGACCUGAGAGUGACCCACUACUUUUUCUGGUUACUGAAGGAUAGCCUCAAGGACUCUCAGUUCAGUAUCCGCUACCAGUACCUGCUGGCAGCCCUGCUCUGUUGCUGUGGCAAGGGACUGAGGGAAGAGUUUAACCGCCAGUGCUGGCUUGUCAACACUCUGGCCAAACUGGCCCAGCAGGUCCGGGAGGCCACACCCUCUGCACGCCAGGGCAUCCUUCGCACAGGCCUGGAAGAAGUAAGACAGUUCUUUGCCCUCAAUGGCUCAUGCCGCCUGCCACUUAGCCCUAGUCUUCUGGUGAAGGGCAUCGUGCCCAGGGACUGCUCCUACUUCAACUCCAAUGCAGUCCCCCUCAAGCUGGCCUUCCAAAAUGUGGAUCCAAUGGGGGAGAACAUCCGAGUCAUCUUCAAGUGCGGGGACGACCUUCGCCAGGACAUGCUCACCCUGCAGAUGAUUCGAAUCAUGAGCAAGAUCUGGGUCCAGGAGGGGCUAGAUAUGCGCAUGGUCAUUUUUCGUUGCUUCUCCACUGGCAGAGGGAGAGGGAUGGUAGAAAUGAUCCCCAAUGCUGAGACACUGCGUAAGAUCCAGGUGGAACAUGGGGUGACUGGCUCCUUCAAGGACCGGCCCCUGGCUGACUGGCUGCAGAAACACAACCCUGGGGAGGACGAAUAUGAGAAGGCUGUGGAGAACUUCAUCUACUCCUGUGCUGGCUGUUGUGUGGCCACAUAUGUCUUGGGCAUCUGUGACAGACAUAAUGACAACAUCAUGCUGAAGACCACUGGACACAUGUUCCACAUAGAUUUUGGCCGCUUCUUGGGCCAUGCCCAGAUGUUUGGCAACAUCAAGAGGGACCGUGCCCCAUUUGUCUUCACCUCGGACAUGGCGUAUGUCAUCAACGGGGGUGACAAGCCUUCCAGCCGCUUCCAUGAUUUUGUUGACCUUUGCUGCCAAGCCUACAACCUCAUUCGCAAGCACACCCACCUCUUCCUCAACCUUCUGGGCCUGAUGUUGUCCUGUGGAAUCCCUGAGCUCUCAGACCUGGAGGACCUCAAGUAUGUGUACGAUGCUCUGAGGCCUCAAGACACAGAGGCCAAUGCUACCACCUACUUCACUAGAUUGAUUGAAUCCAGCCUGGGCAGCGUAGCCACAAAGCUCAACUUUUUCAUCCACAACCUGGCUCAGAUGAAGUUCACAGGCUCGGAUGACAGACUGACCCUUUCCUUUGCCUCCCGAACACAUACUCUCAAGAGCUCCGGCCGCAUCAGUGACGUUUUUCUCUGCCGUCAUGAGAAGAUUUUCCACCCCAACAAAGGCUAUAUAUAUGUGGUAAAAGUGAUGCGAGAGAAUGCUCAUGAGGCAACUUACAUCCAGAGGACGUUUGAGGAGUUCCAGGAGCUUCACAAUAAGCUGCGCCUGCUCUUCCCUUCCUCCUUCCUGCCCAGCUUCCCUAGUCGCUUUGUGAUUGGCCGCUCUAGGGGAGAGGCAAUGGCUGAGCGCCGGAGGGAAGAGCUAAACGGCUACAUCUGGCACUUGAUCCAUGCUGCCCCAGAGGUGGCUGAGUGUGAUCUGGUGUACACCUUCUUCCACCCCUUGUCCCGGGAUGAGAAGGCUGCAGGCACCAGUGCAGCUCCAAAGUCCUCAGAUGGCACAUGGGCCCGGCCUGUUGGGAAAGUUGGUGGGGAGGUGAAGCUGUCUAUCUCCUACAAAAACAACAAACUCUUCAUCAUGGUGAUGCAUAUUCGGGGUUUGCAACUGCUCCAGGAUGGGAAUGACCCUGACCCCUAUGUAAAAAUUUACCUCCUUCCUGAUCCUCAGAAAACCACAAAGAGAAAAACCAAAGUGGCUCGAAAAACCUGCAACCCUACCUACAAUGAGAUGUUGGUAUAUGAUGGGAUCCCCAAGGGAGACCUACAGCAGCGGGAACUCCAGCUGAGCGUGCUAAGUGAGCAAGGAUUCUGGGAGAAUGUGCUUCUUGGGGAAGUUCACAUCCGCCUGCGGGAGCUGGACCUGGCCCAAGAAAAGACCGGCUGGUUCUCUUUGGGGUCUCGAAGUCAUGGAACUUUGUGAGCUCAGCUCUGGCCCAGACCUCAGGCCAGAGCCCAGAGCUGGGGGAGAGGCCUCUCCUGUCUGCCUGACUCCUCCUUUCCUGGGAAAGGGGCAGGGCCCUUGGACUACCCCACAGUCCAGGUGGACCUGGCCUCAGUGAGAGGGGGAUGGAAGAAUUGGGUGCUCUUCGUUGUCCCUUCCUCAGCAGACUGCACUUGGGUUGGUUGUACUGAGCAGCCCCUUGGAAGCUGUGAGGUUGCAGCAAAGUUUUAAGUUUACCUUGUGUCAAGGGAGCAAUGCCUGCUUUUAGGUAUGUGGCACGCGGGCUCUAUGAAUUAGCAGUUGGGGGAGGAGGGUGGGUGGUAUUUUAUUUUUAUUUUUAAAAAAUGAAAUAUGAAAUAGUAAUGUUGUCCUAACUGGGACAAGAAGCCUUGUGAGAGGGACAUACUCAUGUCUCAGAAGGCAGGAAAGGAAGACUAUUUGGACUUUGUAUGAUGAAGGUUCUUAUUGGACUUUUCCCUAGGACUUCGUGGGUUUUGUCUUCUAGCUAUAGGAAGUAUUGGGGAGGGACCCAGUAGGACCUCAGUGAAGCCCUCCCUCUCUAGGGUAGACUGGGGAGGGACAGGGAGAACUGACUGCUAGACUGAGACCCGUGCUGGGCCAUCCGAUUUUGCCUCCAAAGGAGAGCGAUGUGAUAUCUAUGUGUGUAAGGAAGGGCCUUCCAUAUCCGGGUUCCUCCAAGGACCUGUGUUCAGGGACCCAUGUUCUUUAGGGCAGAGUUUUUCCUCUCAUCUACCCCUGCUGUUAGGAUGUAGCCUGAAUACUUUCCUUCUCCCUACCCCGCUGUUCUCUCAGCCCUCUGUGGGCCACCUGGUACCCAAGACUACACUGGGGUGCCCCCAUCCUCUCUUGUCUGAUGGGACAAAAUGUUGUCUCAACCCUUAGAUUUGGUUUCACCCAGGGGCCUUGUGGUUGUGAGCCAUACCCGUCGGGGCAGGUGCAGUGUGGCUGCCUGCUGCAUUGUUCCUGGAGACUUCCUACACCCCUCUACUGCUUUCUUUCCUGCAGCUUCUCUCCUAAACUCUGUUAAUGUCGCAUUU